UCUGGCACGACCGGCUGGAAGCUGCGUCCGACCCAGCCAGCGCCAACAAGGAAGCCUCGGUCGCACCUUCCUUCCAUCCUAGAGAGGCCUCGGUCACACUGCUAUAAAAAUCCCAUCGUUCCCACCCACAAACCAACCCGGUCCACUAUCCAGAUUCAGAUUCUCUAUCCUGACCCUGCUCCUGCCUGCGAUCCCCAACCCCAAUCCAAGGACCAGACCAAGAGCAACAGGGAAAUCAUGAGCGCCAUGGUCGCGUCGUCGCUUAACCCGGAGGCCCCGCUCUUCAUCCCGGCAGCGUUACAGCAGGUGGAGGACUUCUCACCGCUGUGGUGGGACCUCGUCAAGUCCACCGCCUGGUUUCGCGACCACUGGUACCACCAGCACCAGCAGCUCGACGAUAUGGCCGACUCCCUCAUCGCCUUCGAGGCCGAGGACGCCAUCGCUGUCGAGGCUUCGCAGCCGCAGCCGCAGCCGCCAGCGGCACUCAAUAUUGACGGGGUGCUCAAGGCGCUGAGCCUGGCGUCCCCAAGCCCAAAGGGCGGCGACGCCCUGCGUGGCUUCUCGGAGAAGCCUAGGUACACCGAGAAGCCCACCAAGUACGCCGGCAGCCCGAGGAGCGGUGGCGCACCGCGCUUCAUCCACCAGCCUCGCUAGGUUGGGAUGUCAAGCUUCAAGAAUCGAGCAAAUCCUACGCUUUCUCUGCCUGCAGUGAUGCAUUGCUCUGGCUGCUGCCGCCGAGUAGUAAGUAGUGGUGUCCGUCUGUAUAUUAUAUUAAGUACUAGAAAUGAAAUGACCUAAGAAAAAGGCAACAAAAUGCAACCGAUGUUUAGUGUGAUUUGCCUUGUAAGUUAUGUUGUGCUCAGUGCGUUGGACAAGAAUGUAUUAGUAGAAUGCACCCUUGUUAUUGCGUGGCCAAGCAGCUUAAUUUUAAUUAUUGUUUACCCUUUUCUAAA